AUGGGGAAGCAUAAGGUAUCAAAGAAGGGUAAACCCAUUGUGUGCAGUGCUUGUCAUAUGCCUGGCCACAACAAGGUUACUUGCCCCACAACAAAUAAGCCAGUUAAGCUCAGGGUGAAAAAACCAAAGAUAACCAAGACUACCCAGGAAUCUGUAGUUGAAGGGUUGGUGAAUGGUGGUGCAGUAGGUGUGCAAGGAUCAGUUAACAGUGUUGUAGGUGGUGUACAUGGAGGUGAAGGUGGUGUGCAUGGUGGUGAAGGUGGUGGAGUGCAUGGUGUUCGAAAGAAAAAGGGUACUUUGAAACUGUACAAGUAUACCCUAAUAUGUUUUUAG